ACAAUAAUACAUUUAUAACUCACAAAGAAUUAUUAUUAUUAUUUAUCAUAAUCGGUAAUUUGGUCAUCAAUUUUUGUUGACUAUUAUAUUAUACUAUAGUCUUUGUAUUAGGAAAGUUAUAAAGUUAUAAUAUGAAAAGUUCUUAAUUAUACAAUAUUACAAUUAGAUAACAGAAAAUAAUUAAUUAGUAAAUACCAUUCAGCAAGUAAAUGUUGUGAUUUUUAGUUUUUGUCUUUUCAGUCGGUUCGUGUGUAAAAUUAUAUUUUAGCACUUAGUUCUAAUGGAUAUAGAUCCUGUUGAAGUUCUGCGUCAUCUUAAUAUUUUGGGAUAUGAGAAUAUUGAACCACAUUUGCUUCAAAAAUUCAUGAAGGAUUUGAAGAAACUUAUUAAAUAUGAAAAACAAAAAAAACUUGUUGAUAUGAAUAAAAGGGAUAACAUAGAUUUAAAUAUUAAAGAUGAAAAUGUAUUAAAAGAAAAAAAAUGUAUUGUUCCUGAUACUCAUUGUAAAAACAAAUGUUGUAAUAAAAAAAAUAAUGAUGUAUUUGUAAGAUUAUCACGCCCAAGUUCAAAAAUGAAACUUUGUUCUAAAGCUGUUUCAACUAUUGGUGUUCAAACUGAUUUACAAUAUAAACAUACAAAAGAUGACAGUUAUUCACAAGUUUUGAAAAGAAAAAAAAUGGAUCCUGUUUCUUUACACCAAUAUUAUAAAACAGAGUGGCAAAUUAAUAAAGUUCCAGGUGAAAAAAACCAUGAUAAACUUCGGUGGCAAGUUAGGAAAAUGAUGAUGUCUAAAUAAAUUUAAUUUUCAUUAAUUUUUUAGUACUUAAUUAAAAUAUUUAUAUUUUUGAUGGUAAAAUAAUGUAGUAUUUGUUCAUCAAUGUUAUAAUUACGUCAAAUUAAUAUGAGAAAUAGUUAUUUUUUUUUUCAAUAUUUAAUACUAUAAUUUUAAGACAAUUUUUCUUUAUUUAUUAAUAAUUG